AUGCCGCCGGAGCUUAUCGCCCAAGUGGCAGAUGAAUUCGUCACCGACCUCGAAGCCACAACUUCCGAUCCUCAUACUCGACAGGCCGGGGUCGUCUCCUUGACACAUGUUUGCGGGCGAUGGCGGGACCAACUGGUCAACAAUGCCAAAUACUGGACCAGUAUCUUCAUCGAAACUGCGGAUAGUCUGCGGGAUCUCAUUGACCGUUCACGUCGCGCUCCCUUGUCCAUCACCGGGUCACUGGAGAAAGACCAUACUGGCGAUCUCCAGAAGAACAACGAGGACAAGUUAAGCUUGGUCAUGGGCGUCGGCUCUCGGUUACGGUCUUUGUCCAUCUCGGUCUCUUCGCAGGUCCUGGGUAACGUCGUCGGUCAAGCACAUGGUACUAUGCCCAUCUUGGAGCACCUGGAAAUUAAGGUCACGGGUGCUGUCGGAGCAACGAACCUGACUCCCUUCACGUCCCCGGUCCUGCGGCGUCUACAGCUGAGUGGCAUGGACAGCCUGAAUGACUUCAGGAUGCUCUUCACGCCAGCAUUGACGGAACUGAGUAUCAUCGAUGUCAGAACGGCUAUGACGACGCUGGAUAUACGGCAGGUCUUACGUGGUCUACCCAACCUCAUGGUCCUCAAGCCCUUGGACGUACACCAAUCAACCCCGGCACCGUGA